AUGGCUGAUCGAGGAGGAUUCCAAGGAGGAUUCGGUGGAGACCGCGGAGGUCGUGGAGGAGCUGCUGGAGGUCGUGGAGAACGCGGAGGUCGCGGUGGACGUGGAGGUCGCGGAGGACGUGGUGGUCGCGGAGGAAGGUGAGUUGAACAAAUUUAGUUUCGAAACAUUUCGAAAAUCGAUAUUUUUCUUCAGAGCCGGACGUGGAGGUGAGAAGGAAUCCGAAUGGACUCCAGUCACCAAGCUCGGAAGACUCGUCAAGGACAAGAAAAUCACCACUUUGGAAGAGAUCUACCUUAACUCCCUUCCAAUCAAGGAGUUCGAAAUAAUCGAUACCCUCUGCUCCAACCUCAAGGACGAAGUUUUGAAAAUCUCUCCAGUCCAAAAGCAAACCACGUAAGUUUAAAUUUUGAUUUCACUAGGAUUCCUAUCUAAUUUCUAAACUUUCAGCGCCGGUCAACGUACUCGCUUCAAGGCUUUCGUCGCCAUCGGAGAUCACGCUGGACACGUCGGACUCGGAGUCAAGUGCUCAAAAGAAGUCGCCACCGCCAUCCGUGGAGCCAUCGUCUCUGCCAAGCUCGCCGUCAUUCCAGUCCGUAGAGGAUACUGGGGUAACAAAAUCGGACAACCACACACCGUCCCAUGUAAAGUCACCGGAAAGUGCGCUUCAGUCAUGGUCCGUCUCAUCCCAGCCCCACGUGGUACCGGAAUCGUUUCUGCACCUGUUCCAAAGAAACUCCUCCAAAUGGCCGGAAUCCAAGAUUGCUACACCGCCGCUAAAGGACAAACCGCCACUCUUGGUAACUUCGCCAAGGCCACCUAUGCUGCUCUCCAAAGAACCUAUUCCUACCUCACCCCAGACUUGUGGAAGGAGGAAACCUUGGAGAAAUCACCAUACCAACGUCACCACGAGUUCCUCGGACGCAACUAA